AGGACCCCUGAUUCAGCUUCCGCUUCCGGGUCACCGGGCGCCGCCUAGACCCCAGGCAACCGGACCAACAAGCACAACAAGGCUGCGCUGGGGGGUCUUUGUGACGUCAUUGACAGCUCAGUGACGUCACAGCGGGUGGUCUAUCCCAGGAUGGCCUAAGAGGAAGGCGCAGUUUCCGUGGUACCAUGCGCGGCUGAGCUGUCCGGUUAUGGAGGUCACAGAGGGAUUCCCCCGUGAGCAGAGGCUGCCCACUCCUGGCGCAGAGGGUGACAAGAGCAUCCAUGCGGAGCUGGCAGGACUCGGCGAGAGCGUUGAGAAGAAAGCGCCUGAGGGCCCCGGCGAGGCGAGGAAGGAUGAGGGUGAAGUGGAGGAGGAGCUGGACCCCAGGAUACAGGAAGAACUGGAGCGUCUGAACCAGGCGAGCGAGGAGAUUAACCAGCUGGAGCUGCAGUUGGAUGAUGCCCGCACCGCCUACCGCCGCAUACUGACCGAGUCCGCCAGACGCCUGAACGCAUUGGCCACUCAGCUCGGGGCUUGUAUCGAGAAGGCCAGGCCGUACUAUGAAGCUCGGAGACUGGCCAAGGAGGCCCAGCAGGACACACACAGCGCAGCUCUGCGGUACGAGAGGGCGGUCAGCAUGCACGCCGCAGCACGGGAGAUGGUGUUUGUCGCAGAGCAGGGGGUCACCGCUGACAAGAACAGGCUGGACCCCACGUGGCAAGAAAUGCUGAACCACGCCACCUGCAAAGUGAACGAGGCUGAGGAGGAGCGGCUGCGCAGUGAGUACGAGCACCAGAGAGUGACCCGUCAGUGCCACGAAGCUGAAGCCAAAGUUCAGACCUUGCAGAAGAGCUUGAAACGCGUCAUCAUGAAGAGUCGUCCUUACUUCGAACUGAAGGCACAAUUCAACACUGUGUUGGAGGAACACAAGGCUCGGGUCACCUCCUUGGAAGUCAAAGUGUCGCAGUCAAAGCUGAGAUACUCCGGCACACUGCGUAAUUUGGAGCUGAUAAGCGAGGAGAUCCACGCCCGCCGCACACACGGGCCUCUUUUAACGCUUAGGGCCCCACCUCUCGGAGCCGAAGCCCCCGCCUCUCUGCCAGAAGGGGAAGAGGGCCCACUGGCAGACAAUGUCUCCCUCAUCAGCCUGCAGACCAUCGCAUCCGAUCUGCAGAAGAGCGAUUCCGUGGAACACUUGAAGGGUCUGAGCGACGUGACCAGCUUGGAUGGAAGGGACACAGAACCCGAGGACGGCGAGAGUAGCAAAGAGCGAGAGCGAGGAGGGGGCCGAGCGAGCGUAGGGAUGUUCAGACAUAACAGGAGCGUCAGUCUGUGAGCUGAGGGGGGGCUGGGGUGAGGUCUACGGAGAGAGGAGCUAUAGGGGAGGACGCAGCUAGAAAAGCAGGGGCUCUUCAUAUAUUGUACGAGGCACCAAGGCGGGAGGUGGGGAGUAAAACGACUUAACUAAAGACUGGAGCGAAGAGAGGCCCGACUCUAAUCCAUUGACAUUUUCCAGCAGAAGGCUUCUAGUUCUAGGGAAGUAUUUGUAGCCGGAACAGGAGGGCGCUUCUUCAGUAUUGAGGACAUAGGCGGGUGACGCGGACUGUGACAUGUCUCGCUGCUAUGAGAACUGUCUCUGUUUGAUGCAGCACUAUGUCGCUCUAAAUAAAAAUAUGUUGUGAUGUC